AUAGGCGACGGGAGCGAGGACUGGGAAAAAAAAGAGGGACGGGCCUGGCAGCAAGACGCAUGUGGAUGCACUGACAGGAACAGAACAUAUUUUCAUCCUCUGGAAGAGGGCGGCACUUGUAAGGGUUUGAGCGUCUUGUCUGUUCAUCUUUCAGCUUGAUCAUUCCACAGUCAACAAGAUGUUUCCAGUCAGAUUGGGUCAUUAUGCAAGUUAGCAGCCUUUGGUAUGAGUUUGUGAGCCCAGGAAAGAGCUUUGGAGGAAUUACGACUGAUGAAGAAUGUGCUUUGAUGUGAUUAUGAGGCGCACACGUGCAUGAGAUCAUCAGGUGUCAGAUAAUUCCGACAUCAGGCCAGACGGCAUGGAACACGGUGGCGGGAAAAGAGUGGAGCGUGGACGAGAGACACACAAAGUCCUACAGGGUACUCCUUUAGAUCUGAUUGAAACUGGCAAGUCCCUGAAAGUCCAGGCGGAGCGCCCCCACCUGGUCAGUUUGGGAAGUGGCCGCUUGAGCACAGCAAUCACAUUGUUGCCACUGCAAGAAGGGAGAACAACAUUAGGCAGCGGAGAGACAGACAUACCUCUGCAGGGUCCCGGCAUUAAAGCGCAGCAUUGCUACAUUGAACACCAGGCAGGCACCAUCACUUUGUACCCAUGUGGAGGCCAGUGCUGUGUAGAUGGACUACACGUCACUAAACCUUACCGCCUGUCACAAGGCUGCAUGCUGUGUUUUGGUCAGUCUACGUUUUUCCGCUUUAACCAUCCAGAAGAGGCCCUGAGGAUGAAGAACAUGCUACCUGGAGGAAGCCAAGCACUGAGCACCUCUAAAACACAACCUUCUGACUCCCACAGCACCCUGAAUGGGAAUCAUCAGUCUUUUAACACCAACGGUGGCUCCAAAAUCAGCAGCCAACUAAAGGACACCCAUGAGGGUCUCUCGCAGAAGGUGCCAUCAUCUCCAAAACCUGAAAAUGUGUCACUUAAUCAGCCCCUUAAGGGUAUUAUAAAUGGUAGAAGCAGCAGUACUAAAGAGGAGAACAGGACUUCUGUGGGAAAGACUCCACCUGUACCUCUCCGGUCCAACAUGCCUUUUCCCCAUCCACGAACUUCUCUCUCUGUGACUUCACGUUGUACUAAUGAUGGGCAGCGAGCACCAGAGAGCCCAAAGCUUCUUAGGAAUGUCAGGUCAGAGGUCACGUCAAGCCCCACAUUGCCCAGCAGGGGGUCAGGACAAAGCAUAGGUCACCACUCCUCACCGGGGGCUCCAUCUAGCCCACGUGCGAGAGGUUCCUCCCUUCAGAGGAGACACCCAAGUCCCUUGCGAGAUCAGUUCGCCCAUGCUGAUGCCCAGCAGAGGCUCAGAACUCCGGAGCCGGCAGGAUCCACUAGUCGUCCCCCUCUUAGCCCUUACUCAUCUCGCAGAGGGACUCCAGGAUUGCAGAGCUUCACCGCCCAGGAGAGCCCGCAGAGUCAUCGCAAAGCUGCCUCUAAAGCUGAGGCCAUGAGGGUGUUGUAUGCCCAGAAUCCAUCCCCGGUGACCACACAGGAGCCUGGAGGAAGACAACAGGCUAACUCCAGCCUCAUCUCAGCUCCGAUGUCUGGCUUGUCUCCUUCCGUGAGCCCUCACAGCCAAAGAAAGGCCUCCUGCAAGAAUGGAUCGUCAAACAAUCUGAUGCUCUUUAGCCGGGAGCGCAAAAACAGCAUCUCUGCCAUCAGCGACAAUGAGGAUGAACUGUUGGAAUACCACCGCUGGCAGAGGGAGGAGAGGCUACGUGAGCAGGAAAUGGAGAAACUGGAGAGACAGAGGCUGGAGACCAUCCUGAAUCUGUGUGCGGGGUAUAACAACGAGGAGAACGCCAUGGAGCUGGCAGAGGUGGUGAGGUGCGGACUGCUGAGGGGCGCUCGAGGUGAAGGAGGAGAGAUGCAGCGGAUGAAGGAGAACGAGGAGGAGAGGCAGGCCGAGGAGUCGAGCAGCACAGAGAGCACUCAUCAAGAGUGUGAGGAGGUGUCAGCCGGUCAGGACCAGAUGCACCUUGAGGAGGAGAGGAGUAAGAUCUUGGCCAGGGUGGAUGACCUGAGGCACAAAGUAUGCGAGCUGGAAGAGCAGCUUAAAGAGACCAAGCAAGAGGUGGAGAUGGAGCAGGCUCUGCUGCAGGCCGAGAGGCAGGCCGAGCAGGAGCAAGUGGAGGCCGAACGAGAUCUCAUCGCUCAGCUGCACCUCAAAGUCAGCCAGUUGAACACGGCCACACAAAGGGAGAAGGACAAGGGCAGGGCUAAUGUCUCGGCUGAGCGGAAGGUCCUGGAAAAGCAGAGGAAUGAGUACAAUGAGCUGAAGAGGCAGUUUGAUAAGUGCCCCUUGUCUCUAAGGGAACAGUUACAGGAGCAGCUCAGCAGGAAAGCAGAAGCUAUGGACUUCGGCACCAAGCAGUUUGAAGAACUGGAGUUCUGCCAGCUGGAGGAGGAGAGCAGUCUGGAGGAGAAAAAGGAGACUCAGUGUUCACAGUUUCUUCACGAGCAAGCAGAAUAUCACUGCAGCGUUGCCAAGAGGAAGGAGAAGAUGGCCGCGCUGGAAGCUCAGGUGGAGCAACUGGGCAUACAAGCUACUCAUGACUGUGACAGGUUGGCCAAAGAAAGAACAGCCACCUUGCAUCUAUUAAACAAGGAGCAGGACAGGUUAUGUGCCCUGGAGAGGAGGUAUCACACCCUGACCGCUGGUGGCAGGAGCAUCCCAAAGACCAACAACAAAACGAAAGAGGGUUUACUCCAUAUCAGCGAGCCUGACCUUGUUUAUGAGGAACCUUGUCCCUCCUCUACCUCACACAUCCACUCCCCUAAAGUCUACCCUGUUAGGCUACAGGAGGAGUACCUCAGGCUGUGUGAUGUCUAUAAGAUGUAUGGAAACGCUUCUGUGCAUCCUUCCUCUUCUUCCCCUGCUGCCCUCCACCGCCUACCCCUUGCUGUAGCUGACGCUGUGCCAUGUGAGGACUACAUCACGGUCAGUCAGUUAAGCCACAUUUUUGGCAUGCAGAGACUUGACUCCUCUUCCUCAUCUAUUGCAUCAUUCCAACUUGCCUCCUCUGACUCUACCUUCACACGCCAUCCAAAUUCCUCCCUCCUUUCUGCAAAGAGCCAGCCCGAGCUGAGCCGGAAUGCAAUGUCUCCUAUUAACCUCGAGCGCUGGUAUCAGGACAUCAUGGCUGCUGGAGAGCAACAAUCAAGUCCUCCACCGCUGCCUGCAAAGUCUUUUUCUGCACGCAGACACGGGCAGUUACUAAAGUCCAAAUCAGACGGGGAAGUUGGACAAACAGUGUUGUGUCCUCCUGUCAGUUGUGUUAUCUCUGCGUCUUCCUCCACUGUGACACACCAGAAAAUGUCCUCCAACAAGGGCUUACAGUUAGCACUGAAAGAUGUGUUAAACCCACUAGACAUGGACUACAGGAGGCUGAAUAUAGAUGCUUCUCCCACAGUGCAUCACUCCAUCCUGCAUCACCAUUGUCCACCUGGAGGCACACAGGCGUAUGACACCCUGAGCCUGGAGAGCUCGGACAGCCUGGAGACCAGUGUCUCCACCAGCAACUCAGCAUGUACCCCAGAAAGUGCUUCUGGAUUGGAGGCCCAAAGGUUGGAAGAAAUGGAGAAGAUGUUGAAGGAGGCACAGCAGGAGAAAGCCAGGCUCAUUGAGCACAGAGAGAAGGAAGCGCAGGCUCGGCGACAUCUGCUGGAGGAGGAGCGCAAGAGGCGCGAGGAGGCCGAGAGGAGGCUCCUGGAUGAGACGGCCCACAGGAGGAGGCUGGUGGAGGAGGAGGUCAAGAUGAGGGAGAAACACUUUUCCCAGGCCCGUCCAAUGACGCGCUACCUUCCCAAUCUCAAAGAGGAGUUCGACUUGCGUGCGCACGUGGAGUCGUCGGGCCACAGCAUCGACACUUGCCCUUUUGUCAUCCUCACAGAGAAGAUGUGCAAAGGUCAUCUGGUCAAGAUGGGUGGCAAAAUCAAAUCGUGGAAGAAGCGCUGGUUCGUUUUCGACCGACUCAAAAGGAAUUUCUGCUACUACGCGGACAAGCAUGAGACCAAACUGAAAGGACUCAUUUACUUCCAGGCCAUUGAGGAAGUGUAUUACGAUCACCUACGCAGUGCCACCAAGAGCCCCAACCCGUCUUUGACCUUCUGUGUGAAGACUCAUGACCGCCUUUACUACAUGGUGGCGCCUUCCCCAGAGGCCAUGCGGAUCUGGAUGGAUGUCAUAGUAACGGGUGCCGAGGGCUACACACAAUUCAUGAGCUGAGGGACCUUGCGGAGGACGACGGAGGGGUGUGAAAGCCAGCUUGGCCGCAAAGAAAAAAAAUCGAUGUGGCGUGGAAGGACAAGUGAGCAGACGACUGAUGUGAAAGUCUGACGAGCCAGUGAGGGCUGUCGUCAUGACUCAAGUGUGUUCUUCACCAUAUAUGGAAACAUGAUAAUAAUGACAGAAUCACUUUAAGAACGCCAGUCUUUGAUUGCAGUGUUGUCACUCUAAUAUGGUCUUUUUUAUACGUUUGUAUUUACUUAUCACAAUAUUUACCGAUGCGUAUUCAUCUCAAACUGACAAAUUAUUUAUCUUUGUAGCUACAGUAGGACUAUGCAAGCAAAACACGUGCCAGGGUCUCUAAUUCGCAUCAACAGAGGCAUUAUUAAUAACUGUGGCUACAGGCAACCUCCUGAUGUAUUUUUUAUGAAGAAUGCAAUAGCAUCAGGUAGAUAGCAAAUUAUUACACUAUAACAUGUCUGUAUUCUACACAAAUAUGUACAAAAAAAAGUCUUACAACAUAAUUGUAAAUUACAUAUGUGAUGAAAUAAAAAUACGGUGCUUGUCUUUUGUCUGAAAAACUGGUGUUUUGUUGCAGACAGCUACUAAACAUUACACAGAAACAUAACAUAAUUAGUGUUC